AUCAUACCGAAUCUUUUAAAAAUAGUAAACGUGAUGAUAUGAGUACACAUAGAUAAGAUAAGAUAAACACGUUCUAUCUUUCGUAUUCUGCACUAAACGCGUUGGAAAAUCCGUGGUUACCUAUUUCAUGUUCCGUUUCAAUAUUUGCUUAUAGUUUUGUAAUAAGGCAUUUCUCUAGCCAAACUUCAUAUAAUAUUUUUUUCUUAUUUCCAUUUGUAGAAUAUGCUCCCGCAGUUUGUCGAAUAAAUCCUGGGACACCCUGUAUACGAAACGGGGUUGCCAGGUAUCGCCUCCGCCGCUCCGUUUGUCCUGUUGGCACAUAAUUAGUUUGAUAAGAUAUCGCUGAAACGUGUACAAGAAAGACAUCAUCGGCCGCUGUAAGACUCAAAGAUCCUCAAUAUGCUCCAACAGUAGUUUCUCUACAGUUUGUAUAGAAUGAAUGCAUUAUGCAGUUUUCGAGACUCGCGCGGUUCGCGUUCGUCCUGUUCAUCUGUACAAUGGCUGCGACCUUCUGUGUACUCUUGCUGUUUCCGGAUUUCCUCGCCGCUGACAGAAGAUACCCCGCGUCUCGGAAAAAACAGACAUUCGUAAGAGAAACAAAGGAAGAAGAUGGAAGAUACACUCCGAGACUGUCUAACGCUACGAGGAUGAUGUCCUUUGAUAAAUAUCUCCUAGAGAGAGGCUUCACCGACAAGCAGAUAGGUAAUAUGACUCUUCUUGGAAAAUGGUUGUUGGCGCCGGAAGAAACUCCACCGCCGCGGUCCAACAUCACUGAUAGAAAUUACUUGAUUCUGAUCUGGAAACAUGGGCCAUUCCUGGAACGUAGACACAUCCGGCGUUUCACGAAGAACAAAUUUUCACCCUGGGAACGAUGUUCUGUGAGGAAUUGUAUGCUGAGCUAUGACGAAAAGGAUUUGCACCGAGCAGACGCCGUAGUGUUUCAUUUGCACUUCACGAAGAGUCCUUCGGAGCUGCCAGUGAGAAGCCGAGCGGAUCAACGGUGGAUCUUUCUGACGGACGAGUCGCCCUUUCACACUUUUCUGUACGGCAGGCAGAGAUUAUCGGACUACGACAAUCUGUUCAAUUGGUCCAUGUCCUAUCGAAUGGACAGCGAUGUACCGGUUCCCUACGGAAGAACGGUACGAACCCCUGAUAAUGUUUCCAAUGACAACAUCAGACACUGGAACGUCAUCGUGAAGACUACAAAGACCAAACUAGUCGCCGUAAUGGGCAGCAACUGCGGUGGUCGUAACGGACGAUGGUCCUACGUGAAAGCACUCAAGUCAUUGCUUGGCGACGACCUGGACAUUCUCGGGAAAUGCCUGGACGGCAACAGGACCGUCUGUCCGGGCCACUUCGAUCGGGACUGCGCCGCCUUGAACGCAUACAAGUUCUACCUGUCGUUCGAGAACUCCAAUUGCCGGGAAUACCUGACGGAGAAGGUGUUCUGGAACGCGUACGGCAAACUCGCGGUCCCGAUAAUAAUGGGAGCGUCGCGAUACGACUGUCAGCGAUUGUUGCCACCGCACUCCUUUCUUCACACGGACGAAUUUGCUAGCGCGGAUGCGCUCGCCGAUUAUCUCAAGUAUCUGGACCGCGACAAUAAGCGAUACAUCGAGUAUCACGAGUGGCGCGAUCGUUACCGGGUGAUUAACGAGCACGGCUACUUCGGCAGCAUAUCCAGGCACUAUUGUCGCGUCUGCGAGGCCCUGCACUACAACUCCAUCGCACCAAAAGUCUACACGAGACUCGAGGAUUUCUGGAGCAAUAGAGAUUGUGCUCCAGCGAGCGCUUAGAUGUUUCAGCAUGUUGUUAAUUAUGAUUAUCUAGUCUUCACGAAAUAUGAAUUAAUUAAAUGGAUUAAUAUAUAAAUAAAUCUUUCAUCAGUAGCUCUUGAAAAAAAUUUGUACAGACAUACCAGUUUGUCAGAUUGAGCUUUUUAGAUGCAUUUAUUUGUAUAGCAACUUUGUAGAGAAAAAAAAUAAAAUGUUAUAUUAUA